CAUGAGGAACGGCGAGGACCUGGAGGGCUUCGACGGCGAGGCGUCCAGCGCCUCCAUGAUCUCGGCCGCCAGCAGCCCCUACCAGCCCACCACAGAGCCCGUCAGCCAGCGCCGCGGGCUGGGCGGCCUGCGCUGCGACCUGGACUACCUGCGGGGCACCCUGGGCAGGAUGAAGGUGGCCGAGGUGGUUUUGGCACUGACCGCCUUCAUCUGCAUCGAGACCAUCAUGGAAUGCUCCCCCUGCGAGGGCCUGUACUUCUUUGAGUUUGUGAGCUGCAGUGCCCUCGUGGUUACCGGGGCUCUCCUGCUUCUGUUCAGUCUGAACCUUCACACCAGGAUACCACAGAUCAACUGGAAUCUCACUGAUCUGGUCAACACUGGACUCAGCACUUUCUUCUUUUUCAUUGCCUCUGUAGUACUUGCUGCUUUAAACCAUAAAACUGGAGCAGAAAUUGCUGCUGUGGUGUUUGGUUUCCUGGCAAUGGCAGUGUAUGCUGUGAACACGUUCCUGGCCGUGGGGAAGUGGCGGGUGAGCAGCAGGCAGCAGAGCAGCCGGCAGACCAGCGACUACAUCCGCGCUCGGACAGAGUCCAGGGAGGUAGUUCACCGCCCCGAGAUCCAGCGCCUGGACGCGUGACACACCCUCCAGGGGGACUGCAAAGGGAAGAGAAGUGCUUGACUCCCUCAUGGAAGAAGGGUUUUUUCUUUGUUGGCAGAGGAAAAGGAAGAUCAGAGGGUGGCAGAGGAUGCCCAGCCCUGCGUGGGUGCCGCUGAGUGGGAAGGUGUUGGCUGGAGGCGGGAAAUGGUCGUUCCAAAGGAAGAUCCAUUCAAGAUCUCUACAUAUGUAUAUGCAUAUAUUAUAUAGCUUAUAUAAUAUAUUUUAUAUAUAUGUUCUGAAGUGUGUUACUGUUCUGGAUUAACUGCACGGUAGUUUCCUUCCCUCCCUGGAGAUCCAUGUUCUUCGUCCGCCGCAAACACUCGAGACCAGCACAACCAGCACCACCUUGGUUGGUUCAUGCAGGAGAGGAACCCACCAAAAGUGAUUUGAAACCCCCCCAGAAGGAGGUGAGGGGCCAACAGCAAUAACUUCAGCCACGUACCCUGUCCAGCAAACUGUGCCUGUCCAUCCCCACACG